GUUUUCAGGGAUUCGACUCAAGUUAUGGGAGUCAUUGCUAGCGUUGUCGAGGGGAAACCUCUUAUUAUAUAUCGAUGGGGGAAACAGAAAGGAGAUUUUUAUAGCAAGAGAACAUUCAUACUUAGGUUGUAGGGGCCAAGACUAGGUUUCAGCCGAUAUACUAACACUGUUGUUUAAGAAACGAUGUCGAAAACAGAGGGCAAUUCAGCUAAAGAGUUGACAGAAGCGAUGGAGGCAACAAUGCAAAGACUUCAGGGACGAUUCAAGGGAAUUUCUGAGCAGCUGGAGUCCAAAAUAGAUGAGAUGGGAACGCGCAUCGACGACCUUGAGAGUGACGUGUCUGAGCUCAUGACGCAGGCUGGCAUGGAGGAGCAGGCCACUUCCUGUCAUGUGACCUCCAAAAACUGAGGGGCUUCCUAUUACCUUUUCCCACAGAUAUGUCACUUUAGUGGGGACACAUCACUUUACCUCUUAUCACUUUAAAAUGUAGCCAAAUGUAUGCUUUGCUGCUCACAAAUCUGCACGGACCAAUUUCCAAAAUCUUUUGCAAAAAAUGUAAUAUAAGUCAGGCCUCUCAUAUGACGCACACUUGCUAGCCUUUUCCAUUCUUCGUUCUCCGAAUGAAAGGGAGGAUUCUUGCCUAGCCUCUGAAAGACCUGACUCGGAGGGACAUGUCCUACCAAGGAAGCGUCCUCAACAUUGAGAAACACCCUCUGGCUGCACUCUGGAGCAAAACACUCAACCAUAUCAUAUCUUUUUUAUCUCUUUAAGGGCAUCUUAUUUGAUCAAAUAAAGUGUUAGUAACCUUUAUGUAUUAUCUUUGGAUAUAGAGCAGAUUGUUGCCAUCAUAACGUCUGAGUUUUAAACUAAGAUCAGGUGCCUAUAUCCUAGCUACAGUAUGUCACUUAAAAUGAACACAGUGGCAUCUAAAAUACGACAUUAUUGGAAGAAUAUCGACUUUUGAUAAACCAUUAAUGAAUGCAGCUCACCUUAUCUGGUUUUAUAUAAUUUCCACUACCGUUAUCUAAAUGUCUCUGCCUAUAUAUUGGGUGUUUCUCAAUGUCGAGGACGCUUGCUUGGUAGCACAUGUCUUCCGAGUCACUUGCUUCAGAAGCGAGGCAAGA